UUCAACGCUUCGCUGUCGCUUGUCGUUGUCAGGAGAUGCAAAAAAACAGUAGGCAUCUGCUCGCUUCUUUGAAAUUGUUUAACCACGCCACUGAACGAUGAGGUCCACAGCGGUCCUAAUGCUGCCCUGAGGCGGAUUCGUAACCCUAUAGUAAAGUGUGACUAAUCUGGCCCAAGUCAGAGGCAUUUCUACGGGGACAGAAGAGAGCACAAGCCACCUCGUAGUCCUACUUUUCAGGACACUCACCACAGCAGCAUGUCAGGUCGCCCCCUGCUUGUACAGUCACCUGCCUCCCCUAUCGGUUGCCAUGGGAUACCCACGCCAGCUCAGCUCAGCAAAACCAAUGCACCGGUCCAUAUCGAUGUGGGAGGCCAUAUGUACACCAGCAGUCUCGCCACACUGACCAAGUACCCAGAGUCAAGGAUUGGUCGUUUGUUUGACGGUUCCGAGCCCAUUGUGUUGGACAGUCUGAAGCAACACUACUUCAUUGACCGCGACGGCCUCAUGUUCCGCUACAUCCUCAACUUCCUGCGUACCUCUAAACUCCUCCUCCCAGAUGAUUUUAAGGACUUAGCGCUGCUCUACGAGGAGGUGAAGUACUUCCAGCUGGACCCCAUGCAGACGGAGCUGGAUCGCUGGCGUGGGGAGCGCGAGGCCGGCCGGGCGUCCCGGGCCUGCGAGUGCGUGGCGGUGCGCGUGACGCCCGAGCUGGGCGAGCGCAUUGCGCUGAGCGGCGAGCGGAGCCUGGUGGAGGACGUCUUCCCCGAGGUGGGCGACGUCAUGUGCGAGGCGCUGAGCGCGGGCUGGAACCAGGACCACACCCACGUCAUCCGCUUCCCCCUCAACGGCUACUGCCAGCUCAACUCAGUACAAGUGCUGGAGCGACUCCAGCAGAGAGGCUUUGAGAUCGUGGGCUCGUGUGGCGGGGGCGUGGACUCGUCCCAGUUCAGCGAAUACGUCCUGAGGCGUGAGGUCGGGCGAAGCCCUCGCGGGGUCACCUCCGUCAUCUGCAUCAAGCAGGAGCCCCUCAACUAGAACCAGGGGUCACUGGAUGUGACCUACCAUCUAAACAUGGAUGCUCUGUUUGGAGGACCACAUAAUCGACUCACUGAAUAACUGCACCACUGCAGACUGAAACUGUGUCAGAGGGCUCUUUUGAGGGCAAACGCCUCCAGCCAAUUUUUAAAAAACGAAAGUUUGUUUUAAAACUUCACAGAGACUUUGAUCCUCAUGAAAGUGAUUGUCUUCUCGGGUAGAAGAAAGAAUGGUAGAAACUAAUAUGAGCAUCUAUUAUGAAGAAGCAAUGAAUCAGUGACAACUCACAAGUUUAUAUAGGAUAUCAUGUCAAAAUGACUUCAAGUAGCGUAUGAACCACAUUCUUGAAAUGUUUGAAUGAAUUACAUAAUCUGUGUCAUCUUUUCAUUGGCAGCUACUUCAUCUCUACUACUACUACCACUACUACUACUACUACAACAACACACACACACACACACAAUAAGGAGAUACUUCAGGUCAGUUGUGUUUUAUCUGGUGCCACUCAGAAAGAUAAAAAACAUGUGACGUUUGCAAUAAUGCAGAGUACACAACACGAUUGUCUUUGCCAUGUUUGUUUCUGCCAGUGUCAGUGGUCAUAUCCAAGAAGAGAAAGAGAGUUCUACAACCUAACUUCCCACACACACACAGCCAUGUACAACAAGUGUCUGUGAAAUGACAGCUGGCAGGACAGAAACAACCACCACUGAAUGGAAGUUUCUGCAUAUUUUCCCCAACAGGUCUAUAGGCCUAUUUGUUUGUUCAUAGUGGACAAAGACCUUUAUUCUGGCUCACCUGUAAUUGUCAUCUGAUUUCUGGAGAAGAGUCAAUGCAGGGUUCAUAGAUGUUUAUGAAAUUCUGGCAAGUAUAAUGUAAGGCAAUGCAAACUCAAAAAGUACAGUCUUUGGCACUUAACUCAUGGCUCAUUCUAUGGACUUUUCAUAAACAGCACAUUAUUUGAAUCAAACCGUUCCUGCAAGACCAGACUUACAAGACAAAAUAAGAGUUAAAAUCUACCAGACCUUAA